AGGCCCUCUCCUCAUUCCUUCUAUCGCUUUGCCGUUCAGCCAAAACUCCCCGUUACUUUUUCUUUGGAAUUCUUUCCUUUUUCCACCAGCCAUGUCUGCGGAAUCAGCAAGCGCAAUUCCAAGAAGCCAAGUUGAUCUGUUGGACUUCAUAGACUGGUCUGGGGUUGAGUGCCUCAACCAAAGCACAAGUCACUCUCUUGCCAACGCUCUCAAGCAGGGCUACAGAGAAGAUGAAGGUUUGAAUUUGGAGAGUGAUGCUGACGAGCAGCUUCUGAUUUACAUACCUUUUAAUCAAGUAGUGAAACUACAUUCUAUUGCCAUCAAGGGACCUGAAGAGGAAGGUCCUAAGACAGUAAAACUUUUCUCAAACAAGGAGCACAUGGGAUUCAGCAACGUCAAUGACUUUCCACCGAGUGACACAAUUGUUUUAUCCCCCGACAAUCUUACGGGAAAACCAGUUCUUUUAAAAUAUGUCAAGUUUCAGAAUGUCCGUAGCUUGACAAUCUUCAUUGAGGACAAUCAAUCUGGUUCCGAUGUCACCAAAGUCCAAAAGAUAUGUCUCUACGGUACAACUGUGGAGACGACGGACAUGAAGGGAUUGAAGAAGAUUGAGGACGGUCACUGAAGAAACUGGAGAAGAAAAAAAAAGGGAAAUGAAUGGAUGGAUGAAACAAGUUGGACUACUGGGACUAUAUUGCUGAUUUUCUCUUUGGCCACUUUGCUUUUUCGAAAUUUUUGAUUGAAAUUGCAAUAUAAAGAAAUGACGUGUGAAUUAAAGUUGCUUUUAUAACAAUUCCUGUUCCAGAGUUCCUAGCAAUGCCCUUUAUUUGGGUGGUUAUGCGGCUCAUCUUUACUUUAGACUGCUUAGAGCUUCAACUUGUGUUUUUAGUCGCAUAUCGAAUUUGGUUGACAAUAAGUACAAGCCUUUUUUUUUUACCCCUAGCAAAA